UUUUUAUGAAUUUCAAGUAUUUUAUGAACCGAAUAGUCAAUUUUUAUAUAGCUACUUACAACACAAACUCCGCCUGUAGCUCUUCUAGAGUUACUGCCGGUCCCAAGCCCGGGUAAAGGAGGAGGGUUGGGCAUGGGGUUAACGUCCCCAUCUCGUAGAAAACUAACUCGCUAAAAAAACGCUUACCAGAAAAAUAAUUCAAACCAUUUUAACUCUGCCCUGGGAGUUAGAAGGUCUUCAUUUAGAAGAAUUAUGACGCUUCAUGGUGAAAGCCGAGUUCCUUUGGAAGCCACGAGGCCGAUACCCCUUCUAACAACCAGACCAAAAUUUUUAUAGGUACAUGGAACAUUCGAACAAUUUGGGAGAUCGAGAAGACCAGUCAAAUAGCAACGGAAAUGAGGAGAUACAACUUGGCAGUACUGGAAGUCAGCGAAACCCAUUGGACCCAAGCUGGACAACAGAGGCUAAAUACGGGAGAGAUGCUGCUAUACUCCGGUCACGAAGAGGAAAAUGCUCCACACACUCAGGGAGUUUCUCUAAUGCUGUCCAAACUGGCACGAAAUGCAAUUGUAGGAUGAAAAAUCUCACGAAUCCAGAAUCAUCAAAGCAUCAUUCAAAACAAAGAAGGAGGGAAUUACAAUGAAUGUUAUCCAGUGUUAUGCACCCACCAAUGAUAGCAACGAUGACAUUAAAGAUCAAUUCUACGAGCGGCUGCAGUCAAUCAUAGAGAAAUACCCAAGAAAGGAGCUCACCAUUCUGAUGGGAGAUCUAAAUGCCAAAGUCGGAAUAGACAACACCGGAUAUGAAUAUAUUAUGGGACGACAUGGACUGGGAGAGAUAAACGAAAAUGGAGAAAGAUUUGCAAAUUUAUGUGCAUUCAACAAAUUGGUCAUAGGCGGCACAAUACUCCCA